CUCGCCCCUACCUGCACCUGUUCACUUCACACACGGAGCAUUAAAAAGAUCGCGUUUUGACCACGUGCUUUAAGGCCAAAACGGCGUUCCAUACAGAACUACCCCCUCCUCCUGUAUGUCCUGCUCGCCCAUCAGGAGGGUCCACUGAAGCUCCCUUGUCUUCUCCUGGAUCACCCAGGUUACAGGUGUAAAUACGGCUGGAUCUCCGUUCUCGAAUGUUCCAAAAAGGCCGGGUUCCUCACUGCAAUACUAGGCGACAGCACUCUGACAGAAGACUGCAUAUUACAUCUCUCAUUUCCAAAAGUAACAUGAGUAUUCUGGGGUUUCUUCUCGUUCUAUUGCUAAGUAUCAACACAGGAAUCAGGGCAGAACCAACAGUGGACCAGUAUGGGUUGAAGGGGGAUUCAAUAUGUCUGGCUGUUGCAGAACCUGAGAUGAUCAAUGGACUUCAAUGGAGGAAGGGCAAUGAUGUAAUAUUUGGAGACAAAGAGAUAUCUCCUAAAUACAAGGAGAAGGUGGACUAUAACAAUGAUAACCAUUCUCUGUGUAUUAAGAAUCUAAUGGAAACGGACAGUGGAAUUUACAUGGUAAACUACAGGAAACAUUGGAAACAAUCAACUACUACAUAUAGACUGUUAGUGGAGGAUCAUGUUCUCAAACCAGUCAUGGAUGUCACAUCUCUCUUCAACACAAGUGUGGGACUCUGUGAUGUCACAGUGAACUGUUCAGUUAAAGAUGGCUGGAUGUUGUCUGUCUGUGACAGCGGUCAGUGUACACUGUCACAACAGUCUCCGUCACUAACCGGUGGUAACAUGACCAUCUCCGUAUUGACUGGAAGGAUCCAAUGCACCAGCAGCAACCGCGUCAGCACACAGACCAUCUCUCAACCCAUGGAGGACUGUAGAGGUAAUGUGAAAGCCUCAGUGUUACCAGUUGGCACCAUUGUGGGUCGUGUUACUGGUACUGGUAUAUUACUCCUAGUUGCUGUGUUACUUGGUGUUGGAUACAUCAAACAUACCAGAAGACUGAAAAUCUCUAAAGAACAAAGUCCACUAGAAGAGGUCAUUGUUCCAAGAGUUUACAACUCAGUGAAGACCUCACCAGGGAGAGAAGAACCACAGCCCUCUCCUGUCCAGAACCACAGCACUCUCCUGUCCAGAACCACAGCACUCUCCUGUCCAGAACCACAGCACUCUCCUGUCCAGAACCACAGCACUCUCCUGUCCAGAACCACACCACUCUCCUGUCCAGAAUCACAUCACUCUCCAGAGAUAGUCUACUUCACUGAGAAGAACCAGCACCAGCAGAACACCUCCAAGUUGAAACAGGAAGCGCUUCUCCAGACAUUAGACCAAAAUAACAGAGAAUAACUGCAUCAUCUCAUUGAGUCACUGAGUUACAUCAGUUCUUGACCUUGUACAGAAACCACAGGACAUUGCACCACCUAGUGGACAUCAAUAAUACCAGCAGAGUAAACCUCAUGGCUUCAUUCAUCAACAUGUGUCUAGAUUCAUCAACAUGUUGGGAAGUUGUUUUAGACCAAGAUAUUUAUAUGUUCUAGUAUGUGUUAUUACUAUACCACAAAGCCCACGUUUUUCCAGAUUUGUCCAAUCCUAAAUGAACCCCUGGCUCAGGUUUACACCACAUUGAUUGUAGGAUCAGAUAGGUGUACCAGUCAGCAGUAACAUGGUAUUAGUUCCACCUAACCAUCGAUGUUGUGUAUAUAAGAGGGCAGACUUGACCUCAUUAGGCCACCGUAGAUGGAUUCUUUAACACAUUUUAUCUGUCAAGCCAUCAGUCAUACGUCUUUUUUUUAAAGAAUUUGUUCCUAACUGACCUGCCAAGUUAAAUAAAGGUUCAAUAAAACAAAUAGAUAUAUCA